GGUCUGAAAGUACUCCGAAAGCUAUGGAGCCCACUGCUCUUGGAGACAGUGCCCGUAAUCAAUUAUCCGUAGCCAUUUUGGCUCAAGUGACCCUUCGGCUCAACAGUACCUUUGACAGGCACGAGCUUAUCGUCUUCCUUUGCCUGGCCAGCCAUGGCCGUGCCACUGACACUGUCCAUUCGCUCGCUCAAAAAUGAUCCCUUUGAUGUGGACGUUCUCAACACGAACACGGUGAGUGAUCUGAGACAGAGGCUGUUUGAGCGAUUGGGUUUGGACCCUGCCGAGUGGCACUUGAAACUGACCUAUGAUCUCACGGUCUUGGACAAUCCCACUGCGACACUCAGUGCGUACGAUCUGAAGACAGGAUGCUGCUUGACGACGGUGAAGGAGCGUCCUGGCCCCAUCGUCCUCCAUAACACCAUCAACGAUUCCCAAAAAGAAACCGACAGCUCUCACCUGCGCCCUGCGGCCAGGUCCAAGGAGCUUGUGGGUACCGUGAACAGCAUCGGAGUUUCUGCCAGAACCUUCCGAGACCAGGAGCACGGAUACGCGAAGUCGACUGUGUUUCUGACCCUCAUGUGUGGGGAGGAAGUGCGUGUGCGCCAAAACAUCUGGGGGACCUACAGGGGCAAAGACUACAAGCACGGCAAGCACCCACCAGCGAUCAGCUAUACUGACCGUGACGACAUCGUCUCGCAGGCUAAGCCAGGUUGUUUCUACCAGAUGGAGUACGAGGUGGGUCAUGGAGGUGGGCACAGGAUCAUCGUGGAAGACUGGGUCGUGAAGAUAUCCUACUUGAGUUCUUCUUGCACCGAACCCAGCGAUGUGGUGGACUUUCGAGUAUGAGUAGUAUGACUAGCAGUCAUGCUAUGAAGACGAGUUUUGCUUUGAUGCCGGUUUGUUCAUUUGACCCCGCGUGUGCAGUGCACUGUGCGCGGCCACAGACCAAAGAUUGUACAGCUAUGUAAAUGUGUCGCAUACAUAGUGGGGAA